AUGGAUCUCAAUCAACAUAACCCUUGGUCUAAUUUUAUGCAAAAUGGUGGUAGUCCUCCUUCUAUUCCAAAUCAACAAAGUAAUCCAUAUUUUAGAAAUACACCUUUUAUCUCAAAUCCACACCAUAAUCCAAAUUUUCAAAACUCACCUUUUAUCCUAAAUCCACAAAAUAAUCCACACUUUGGAAAUUACUCAUAUCAUCCACCACCUUAUCCAUAUCAAUAUCAAUAA